AUGCUUCGCUCUCAUGGGGCUGGGCCUCCUGGAGCUGCCAAAGAUGCUAUGAACACUCCUGUUCUCUUGGGUUUCCGUUUUGCUGCUGUAUUCUUUGCCUACCCAAACACUUUUCCCUCCUGUACUUCGAGGGGGGCCGAUAUGCCUGAUGCGUUCCUUGCGAAUUCUCACGAUAUCGCCGCGCAACGAGCCACUGUCAAUGAAAGUCCAUUGCCCCAAUUUCGUUCGCGCGCGUCUAGUCUUUUACCUCCUUCGUCCCUGGCCUCUGCCUCGUACCACCACUCCGCUGCGUUGCAACGCUAUUUCACCAACCGGUAUCACAAGAAGAUAUGCCCGAAGUGCACCAGACCCAAUAUCUUGCCAUCUCCUGUCUGCGUCUUUUGCCGAAAGGAGCUGACAGACCUGGACAUUCACCCUAUAGGGCGAGAUGCCCUCCGCGACCUCGUGGUGUCUAGGCAGGUAAAUCAUGACCAGACUGCGACACUGCUAUCUAAGGCAGAAAAAAGGCAAAAGGCAGAAGGGGGGAAUAGGGAGGAAGGAAGAGUGUGGAAAAGCGGCAGGGUGGUACCCCUGCAGCGAGCACUAGGUGAUUUGCCGCGUCCUCUGGGUGUAACGGCUUCCUUCGAAGAGUGCCCUUCUCAAGGCUUUACCGAGCUCUUCCGUUCCUUCCAUUUUGUCAUCUUGACGUAUCCGUUUCCCUCAUCAUUCAUUCACCUGAUCGCGGCCCCAAAAGCCUCCAUUUAUGACAUCAGGCAGUUGCGAAGGGCGCAUCUUCCUCUCUUGCUUAGCAUGCGAGAAAAAGUCGCUGCUCUCGCCCGUUCGCUGCUCGAUAUUGCGGUUCUACCUGCCUCUGGAUCCCUACCGAAGCCGAACACUGCACACAGGGGGUGCUCCCCAGGUGCAGGGAAAGCGCCCGUCGCUUGCGUCGCAUCAGGCGAUUCAAAGAAAGGGGAAACCAUGGAGAGAGAACUAAUAGGAAGCGAUCGUCGCAGAGCAGAGCUGCAUCAAUCGAUAAUUCUUGGUUUCAACUAUCCAGCGGAGUAUGGCCAGCUGUGUCUUCAUGCACUGGUUCCACCUUUUUACGAGCAAGGCAUCUUCCAGCCCCCGUUCUUCUAUCCGUUCAAUAAAGUCACCAAAGACCUUGAAACUAGCCGUUCGGUACAAGUCGUGGCGCCCCAUACUCUAUUGAGCAUGCAGGAAGACCCAGUGUUGGAGACCGUAAAGCAGCGGGACGCCAUGGCACGGCAACUUCUCGGAGUCGCCACUCAUGCAGAAGCGGAUAUAUUGCAUCGAAACCUGAAAUCAUCAUGUAUGACACUUAGCAGUAGGGUUCACCUGCUCGCGCUUCGUCCGUGCACCGCCCCCACAAUUUGUUCCCAAGGGGCGACGAAUUCCUGCGGAUGCUACAGCGAAAAUGCCUCAGAGAAGGCAGAUAAGACGAAACAAGCAAACGAUUAUUGGAAUGCAACUGAGCCACACUGCACGCUGACUUGUUUCAGUAGCGUGUGUCUGGGGUGUAGAAUACAUGCAGCUCCGCAAGUUGUAAGGUUCGAUUCUGCGAUUGCCCGGGGAGAUCUAGGAAGGGCGAUGCAAUACAAUAAGUACGGAUGCAGGCACUACAACUAA